GUUUCUUUUUAUGAGAACGUGGUGAGAACUGUCAAUUGACUGUCAACUGCCAUCGUCAGUUUUAAUUUUCCAUAGCUUUAAUUAUAGUUUCACGUGUUAAUAAAAGCUUGUUCAGGCUAGCUAUUCCUUUUAUACUUGGCCAUCAGCAACAGUUUUAGCUUGGUUUUUGUGGGAAAAUCGUGGAGAGCUGCAAGGAAAGAAACUUCUAGAAUUAGGAGCUGGAACAGCUCUACCAGGAAUUUUAGCUGCUAAAUGUGGUGCUAUUGUUACCCUAAGCGAUUCUGCUACACUUCCCAAGAGUAUAGCACAUACUAAGAGAAGUUGCCAUUUAAAUAACCUAGCUUUAAACGAACAAAUUAAAGUAAUAGGCCUAACUUGGGGAUUGUUCCUGAGCAAUUUAGAUAGUAUUGGCCCAUUGGACUUAAUUCUAGGUUCAGAUUGUUUUUUUGAACCUGCAAAUUUUGAAGAUAUUAUUGUAACUGUUGCAUACUUGAUAGAAAAAAAUCCAGGAUCAAAAUUUAUUUGUACUUAUCAAGAGAGAAGUUCAGACUGGUCUAUUGAACAUUUACUUGAAAAGUGGAAUUUCACUUGUAAAAUUCAUAAUAUAGGAACGUUAGGGGCACAGUCAGGUAUAGAUAUUCAUGAGUUUAUUGGGGGACACAGCAUACAUUUACUAGAGAUAACACAAAAAUCUUAAAAUGGCUGGUAAUGCAUCUCGGAUAUAUAAACUUUAUGUGAGUAAUAUUCCAUGGACAGUAAGCCAUUUUGAAUUACGCCAAUAUUUCAGUAAAUUUGGACCAGUCAGUUUAGCCAAUGUGGUUUUUGAUAAGAGUACAGGGCUAUCUAAGAAUUUUGGAUUUGUUCAAUUCGGUAAUAAAGAGGGUUUUGAUAAUGCUCAGAGUUUUACCCCACACAAAUUAGAAGGCAAUACAUUAAAAGUUCAACCAGCUAGCCAAGAAGAGUAGUGCAAAAACUUUAUAUUAAAAUAAUAGGUAGUAUAAUUCAAGAAAAUGGCAAACCAAGCAGUAGAUGAUUAUAGUGAUCUAAUAGAUUUAGGAAUUGAUGUAAAUGAAGAUGACAUAUUGAAUAACAAAUUUAAUAAAUGUGUUAUGCAUAUACAGAGCAUUGCAGGGAGUUUGGCAAAUGAGACAUUACUUAAACUAUAUGCUUUCUAUAAGCAAAGCAAUGAUGGACAGUGUAAUAUUCCUAAACCAUCAUGGUAUGAUAUGAAAGGUAAGGCCAAAUGGGAAGCAUGGAUCAGUUUAGGAAAUAUGUCUAAAAAUGAAGCAAAAAUUAAAUAUAUUAAUUCAGUAGUGGAAAUAUGUCCUGAUUUGAGCUUAGAAGAGACUCAAAGUAAACCAGAAACAUGGAUUAAAGUUUCUUCGAUGGCUCAAAAUGAUCAUUCGCCUUCAGAAAAAGAUAUUUGUGAUUAUAUUCGUAGUAGUGACUGUAAAAAUGUCAGAGAGUACUUGGUAGUAAAUAGCAACUGCAAAAAUAAAUUGGAUAAAAAUGGAAUGGGGUUGCUACAUUAUGCUUCCGACAUUGGUAAUUUGAAAAUAUUGGAAUUGUUGGCUUCUGAGGGACUGAAUAUAAAUCUUCAGGAUUCCGAUGGUCAAACUCCAUUACAUUAUGCUGCCAGCUGUGGUCAUAUUGAUUGCAUAAAGUUUCUUUUAUCUAAAGGAGCUAGAUGUGACAUAACUGAUGCUGAAAAUUGCACUCCAAUAGAGGUUGCCUGUGAUGACUCUGUUAAAGCAAUGUUAACCGACUAAUUAAUUUUUCUGUUGUGUAGCUCCCAUUUAUAAUGUAUCAAUCUGUCAACUUUAUAAAUAAAUAAAUAUAAUUUAAG